AUGCUGGGCCACCUUCGAAUGCAGUCCACCACAAGCAGAGCACCACAUGUGGUGGUGAUAGGUGGCUCAUAUGCCGGACUUGCCGCGAUACAAAAUAUGAUCAGAAUGAUACAGGCUCGGGAGUUACUUCCAUCGCCAAUUCCACAAAAAGCACCAGAAGUGCUCCCAACUAUCAAACCGAAGAUCACCUUGAUUGACAGACGGGAUGGAUUCUUCCAUACAAUGGGAGCGCCACAGGCCUUAGCCGUCCGAGGAUACGCUGAGCGCGCCUGGAAGGGCUACGCGGACUGCAGCAGCCUCAAACGGGCAGGAGUUGAAUUUAUCCAGGGACAAGUCGCCAGUGUCGACAUCUUGCAUAGGGUGGUGAAAUAUCAGACCUUGGCCGGCUCACCUACCGAAAAAUCCGUCAAUACUGAGAUACACUACGACUACCUCGUUGCAGCGUCGGGUCUCAAUCGACCUUGGCCAAUUGUUCCGUUUCAUCACACAAAACACGCAUACUUGGAAGACAUUGAGGGGCAAAGAACAGAUCUAGAACAAGUGAAAGGCGCUAUUGUUAUUGUUGGAGGCGGCGCUGUUGGUAUUGAGACAGCCGCAGAGAUCGCACAGGCGUAUCCGCGUAAACGAGUUAUUCUUGUUCACUCUCGGUCGGACCUAUUGUCGUCCGAGCCUCUGCCGGUGGAUUACAAACAACAGGUGUGGCAACUGCUGUGUCAGGCUAAUGUUGAAGUGCAGCUGGAACGACGGGUCGUUGGUCAUGUUGUUGUAUUGGAAAAUACAAAAGAACAAUUUGAUCGUUUGUUCCUAUCUACAGGAGAAGUUCUGGACGCGGGCAAGGUGAUAUUUUGCACCGCAAAACCCUCUCCAAACACACAGUUUCUCCCGAUGGACUGCUUGAACGAGCUGGGCUUUGUGAAGAUCAAAGCAGACCUUUCCCUUGCUGUCGAUAUUCCCAACGCCGAUUUCCAUCUUGCAAUUGGAGACAUUGCAGCGUGGGAUGGGAUGAAAAGCGUGGGUGCCGCUUUGUUCAUGGGCCAAUGCGCCGCCAUCAAUGUCAUCGGUCGCAUGGGCAUCGAUACUCGGUCAAGCGUGGCAUCCAAUUUUGUCCCGGCAAUGCUUCCAUCGUUUCCACUCAUCAUGAAUCUUGCGAUUGGGGGAAAUGCUGCAACGUUGGGGCCAGAUGGCUUAGUCACGAGCGGCGAAGGGAUCCACGAAACAUUCUUUGGCAAUGACCUGGGCCUCAAAACGUGA